AUGCCAGUCGGGCUGCGAGCUUCGACCGCGAAGCUCGCCCCCUUCGCAGGUGCGACAGUCUGUGUUCAUGCCUCGACCCGUGGUAAUCGCGCGUUCACCUCGAUGGACCGCGGGAGAAGAGAGAACGACCUGCACUCUAAGCCGACUUUAUAUGGCAACAAACGCCUCCUUGAACUCGAUCUGGAUUACUUGGAAAGGAGAGGAGGCGAGACAAUAACUUGUGAAAACGCCGAAAGCGGAUCGAAAGAGGAGGAAAGCCCCGCAGACACUCUGGAUCGUGUCAAAGUUGUGUUUCUCGGUGCACCCAGGGUGGGAAAGUCCAGCAUAAUUAGGCAAUUCGUGUGGAGCGAAUUCAGCGAGGAAUACAAGCCAACUGAACGUAGAGAGACUUUCUAUCCGAGUGUGGUACUUGCCGAUCGAUUGUAUGAACUAAAAAUCACGGAUCUACCAAUGAUCCCGUAUUUUCCGAUCAGCUCGCACCUCGAAUGGACGGACUUUCGUUAUUACGGAUUACGAAGUGCGAACGCUUACGUUCUCGUAUUCGAUCUCAGCAACCAGGACACGUUUCAGCACAUUAGAAUGUUACGAGAUCAAAUCUACGAAGCACGAGACAUGAGGGGCGUACCGUUAUUGGUAGUUGGGAACAAACAAGACGAAUUGUCGCCUGCGGCUGCUUCCGGAACUCGCUACAGGGACAUCGUUAAUCUCGUUCGAAAGCACUGGCGAUGUGGCUACGUGGAAUGUAGCGCCAGAUUUAACUGCCGUGUUGUGCAGGUAUUUCGUGAAUUAAUGAAGAGCAUUCAAGCUGUGGAAGGACGACCACCUUCCCCCACGCCUGCACCUUCGCAACCCUUACGAUCUCACUCGCAUGACACCAGCGAAAAAUGUAUUCUUCUCUGACAUUGAAGCCAGAAAAUCAACGUGCUCGAUUUUUGCGACCACAUUAUCAAAAGAAGUUGCUUCUAUCCAUACCACGAUACAGGGUCGUAGAUUUUUUGAGCCAGAAAUGGAAAAUCAAUUUCAUCAUAAACAAUUAUUUCCAAUGUCAUCUAAUGGAAUUGUAAUAUGAAAUAAGAAUACAUGAAUUUCUUCGGUUCAUCAAUCGAUAAUGUAGUAACUGAUAAUGAAUGCAAUAUUGUAAGUAGUCGAAACAUUGAGAUCGAAAACAUGAACAGUUUUUUAUGAAAAGAUUCUAAACAAGUUUUUAUCAUUUGUAUAAAUUUAAUAACUAUAUAAUAAGUACAAAUUGAAAGAAGCAAUCAAAAGUUAUUUUAAAAUAAAAUGAUUUUAUUAUUUUUAAAUUAAUUUUAACUUUGUAUUCUUCGUUGUAAUUGAUUGGUUAUUUUUUGCAAAAGAUCUGUCAAAAUUCAUAAAUCAUCAUAUUUUAUCAGUAUUAUAAAAAUAAGAAUCUAGUUAUCAAGAGAAAAUAUUGAAUAUACAUAUUUCGCAAAUCGAAGAAGCUUCAGAUCUCGUCUGUGAAUAUUAUCACCAAAACUGCUCAUUGUGUAAUUUUAACACUGAAAAAUAAUGCAAUCAUGUUAUACAACUGCUCUUUUGAGAAUGAUGAAAAUAUUGCAAAUACGUAUAUAUGUACGUGAUCGACUGCCGAAUCUCUCUAUGUGUAAUUUAAUUUCGACAAUUUAUUUUAUAAUUCGCUUUGUAAAUAUAUCGUGCAAUUUUUAUAUUUUGUAAAAAAUCAGCCAUAUUUUAUAUUACAAAAAUUAAUAUAUAAAUGGAUUUAUCUCUUUUUUCAAAAUCUUUAAUUUCUCUAAGAUAUAUCUCAAUUUUCAUUAGUUAAAUAUAAAUUUUUAAAAAAUAUUUAAAAAUUAUGAAGUAAUUAAAUUUUUUAUUCAAAUAUAUAUAAGAGAUAAAUUUAUUUAUCAAUUAAAAUCAAUCAUUUUACAUAAAUCUCGAAAAAUUAUAUUUUUGAGAAAAAUUUAAAAAAUCUGUGUACAAAUGUGACAAAUUUCAUUCUAUUUUUAACAUUGCUUUAUCUGUGAUAUUGUUUUAUUAUAUUUUGUUGCUGUAUUAUUGUUGCUGUAUCUUUAAAUAUAUAAAAUGAUUUUUUUAUUUUACUUUUCAAUAAUGUAUUCGGCCUAAUAAUAAUAAUAUUAAUAUUAAUAAUAAAAAAAUGAUAAUAGCAAACAAAUAAAUGUAAUAAUAGUAUGUUAUUGAGAGUUACCUCAGAUCAAGCAAUAGUGUAUACAAUAUAUAUAAUAUAUAUUUUACUAUACUGUUAAGGAAUUAAUCACUAGCCAGUAAGCGUAGCUGUUGAUAUUGUGAAAUACUGUACACCUAUACAUAUGCAGAUCUCUAAAAAAAUGUAUGUUAACCGUUGUUGUCGUUUAUACGCAUUUUAACGCAAAAUAUUAUUGGCUCAAUAAAUUAAACGAUUAAUAAGCGAAACAGUUCUGAAUAAUAAAGUUUAAAGAUCGUUGAACGAUCAUUAAAAUGUUUUUUAUGUUAAUUAUUAAAAUUAAGAAUAUUGUGCCAACAAUCGAUUAUUGUUAUUUUAUUUUCACAUCAAUUUAUUAUUCAGUACACGUGUAGACCACGCAGAAUAAAUAUACUAAGUGUUAAAUAUAUUGAAUAGAACAACAUAUAAACUGUACAUUAUAUUACAUACAAACAUGUGUUCGUUGGAAAAAAAAUCUUUGUAUCGAAAUAGCAAAUCUAGACAAGAUACAAAAAUUUCGACGUGAAUUUGUACAGUCAUCGAAAAUAUGCCAAAUAAGCGUCAUUUUACAUACAAAAUACCACAUAAUAUUUUGUAUGCAGAAGUAACGCAAUAAAAAAAAAACAACCGAAAAUUAAAUCAA